AUGGAAUGCAUUCUUCUUGCUACCGACUAUCCAAAUCUAACUAAACUCAAACUUUUGAAUUUCAAAAAAGAAGUCAUUUUGCAUUAUUUUACAAAUGAAUCACUUCUUCAAUAUAUCUUUCAACAACAAAUUACAGAUCUUAUUCUUGAUAAUUUACCUAAUCUGAAAUGUUUUUCAUUAAAAUGUUAUAUGAAAUUUAAGUCAUAUGAUAAUACAAUUCUACCUCUUCGUCGUCGUAUGUCAUGUCUGGAAAAAAUAACUUUAUAUCUUCGUAUAGAAGAUCGAGAUAGAUUCAUCGAUGGUAAUUAUCUUGAAAAUGAAAUUCUUGUUAAUAUGUCGCAACUUCAUUCAUUCACUUUUUAUAUAUGUACUUAUAUCAAAUCUAUUGGUUUAGUACAUAAUUUAUCUAGUGAAGAUAUUCAACAAACAUUUAUAAAUAUUGAACAACACAAUGUAGCUAGUAUCGUCCAUUAUAUUGAACCCGAACAAAUUGUGUGUUCGAUCUUCUCAAUUCCUUUUACAUUUGAUCGUCUUGAAGAUAUUGGUAAUAUAUUUCCAAAUAUUAUAUUUAGUAAUGUUACAUAUUUGUUGGUACAAGAUGUGGUUCCAUUCAAUCUUGAAUUCUUUAUUCGAGUUGCUCGAGCUUUUCCAUUGCUAAAGACUUUUCGCAUUUUCAGUUUUGACUCACGACUAUUAUGUGAUCUUGAUAGUAGUCAAUCAGAUGAAAUUGCUGAAUAUCGUUAUCUUAUCUAUCUGGACAUGUUAUGUGCAAAUAUUAAUUCUCUUGAGCAAUUUUUAAAUCAAGAAAAGACAUAUGUACCAUGUCUAACCAAAUUAAAAGUCGUUCAUAAUAACUUAAGAAUUGUAACAAAUAAUUUCACAAGAGAAGAAACACGACGUAAUUGUGCUAAGAUAAAACGACUAAUUCUAAUGAUACCGUUGGUACAUUCAAAAGAUUUCUAUCUUUAUUUUCCUUUGUUAUAA